CCCAUUUUCAUUUUAACCAUGUGGAACUCCCUCUCACCAUCGUCGAGCUCUCUCUCUCACAUCUCCACCGCCCCUAGCCACCUCCCUAGCCCUAGCCACCACCACCUCCCUAGUCCACUUGGGCACCAAAAACAUCGACUUCUAGAUGGAGCGUUAUGUCUUCAAGAGGCGCAGCGAUGGAAUAUACAUAAUCAAUGUGGGGAAGACAUGGGAAAAGCUUCAGUUGGCAGCCCGGAUUAUUGUUGCAAUUGAGAACCCACAAGACAUCAUCGUACAGUCUGCAAGGCCAUAUGGUCAGAGAGCGGUCCUGAAGUUUGCUCAGUACACGGGUGCCCAUGCUAUUGCUGGGAGGCACACUCCUGGUACCUUCACCAAUCAGUUGCAGACCUCAUUCAGUGAGCCUCAUCUCCUUAUCCUCACUGAUCGAAGGACUGAUCAUCAGCCAUUAAGGAAGCUGCCCUUGGAAAUAUUCCAACUAUUGCCUUUUGAGAUACUGAUUCACCCAUGUGGUAUGUUGAUAUUGGGAUCUGAUGCAGAUUAG